AUGAACUGCGCGAUUUGUAGCACAGAAUGCCUUAUGACAUGUUCCUCGCUUGCAGGAAUUCCGUUAAAUCACGGAAUACCAGAUUUGCAUCCUGUACCGACGAUACCGACCUACCAAAAUUCCCUCAUUCCAGUGGCCUCUCAAAUUAAUACGAGUCCACAGCAGUGCAACUGUCCUCCACCUGUUUGCGUAUGCGUCCCCUUAAUUGGUUCUUCUUAUACCUCAUGUAACUGUGAAUACUCAAACCCCUGCUCAUGCAGUGCGAAACAACAGUUUCAUCAGUGUCAGCCACAAUGCCAAGAAGUGUGUCAAAGUAACUGUUUUAACAACUGUACUCUUUGCGCCAGUAUUUGUGUUGCAACAUGCUCAUCCUUAUCUAGUGAUAAAAACAGUGAACGACUGAGUCAGAAUCUGGAGAUUACGACGACAGCUGUACCGGUAAUAAAUCUGUUCUCGCCAGCAGUGCCACAAACUCCUCCAAAUUCUAACCACUGCACAUGCCCUUUGCUUAACUGUGUCUGCUUGCCGACAUUAAGAAGCGGGCAACUACCGUGCAGCUGUGAAUACUCGGUUCCUUGCAUUUGCACGCCCGAGGAACAGCUACAGCAGUGCCAAUUAAAGUGUCAAGAAGUAUGUCAACGAAGCUGUAACAAGGACUGUGCCAUAUGUGGUUACGCAUGUUUCACAACAUGUUCUGCUUUGUCAAGUCAAACGAUACCAAAUUCUUCACUGACGACAGUUUCAACAAGAAGCUUACCAGUCUCACCAACGACAACCACUGAUCCUACAACAUCGAUACAACCGAAACAAAGUUAUUUCACAAUUUUGCCAGUACCACGGAAUGUGCAGAACCUUUCAUCUACAACUGGAGUUCCACAAGUCUCUAAACAGAACCACUGUGUAUGUACAGCCCCAAAUUGUGUAUGCGUACCUACAAUAGGAGUUGCUUACCUGACCUGUAACUGUCACUACUCCAACCCAUGUGGUUGUUCGACGGAAGAACAAAUGCAACAGUGUCAACCAGUUUGCCAGGAAGUCUGCCGGCGUAGUUGCGCUGUAAACUGCGCUGUUUGUAAUUACUCUUGUUCCUUAACUUGUUCUACGUUACCUGAAACUGAAGCCGUAAAAGUACCUCAAAUACAGUUGCCCGUCGCUGCGCCGCUGAACUCGCUAGCUUCAUCAGUCCCUUAUAUUCCUGCAGAUUUAGAUCGCUGCAGCUGUCCACCACCAAAAUGCGUAUGCGUUCCUAGUAUUGCUUCCAUGUACUUGUCUUGUAACUGCAAGUACUCAAAUCCUUGUUCGUGCGGGCCAGAACAGCAGUUUUAUCAAUGUCAGCCAGCGUGUCAAGAUGUCUGUCAAAAUACCUGUACUAUUAACUGCGCUGCGUGCGCUAAUGUCUGCUUCACAAGCUGCACGUCUCUAUCAGGAAGUCAAGUAAUAAGGUUCAAAAGAAAUCAGUUAAGUUAUCCAGCUCCAUACAAGUCUACGUGGAGAGACUUCCUUCACACUGACAGUGGACUGAUCACUCUUUACUGA